UAUAUAUUCUGAAAAAUUCAUAAAUCUUCCCUAAUUAAAUAAAAAAGAUCCAUUAGAUAAAACCAAAAUGAAAUAAUAUGUAGAUUUAAACCGGAAGGUACUAAACCGGAAAUUGGAAGAGGCAACGUGGGCCUUAUCUUCUUCUUCUUCUUCCUGCUAGAUUUUAUUCUUUUAUCUCUUGAGCACACACACACAUACAAGACUCUCCUCACAGAACGAUUUAGAUUUAAUCGGGAAAAAGUUCAGUCAGUGACACUAAUGUUCGAAUCGAACAUGGUUCUUCAAACACUAUCUUCUUCUUCUCCUCCAAUUCACCGUCUCUAUCUUCACCAUUCUCAGAUUCUCCCUUCUUCUGGGUCACCCAGCAAGAUUUCUCUUCAGAUACAUGGAAGGACUUUGGCCAUUCGAUCUUUUCAUGAAAUUUCUGCUAGAGGUUUACCGGCUUUGAACAAAGCUUCCUUGAAGAAGCUACCAAUCAAAGGAUCUACCUUUCUGCUGGGGCAGAGCUUGUUGAUGGUUUCUGCUCACCCACAGUUGGCAGCAGCAGCAGAAAUCAUAAAGCCUGAACCGAUUUACGAAGUUGGAGAGUUAUUUGAACUUAGUAUUCAGCUUUCUUACUUGCUGUUACUACUGGGGUUGCUUGGAGUUGGUACUUUCUAUGUGAUCCGUCAAGUACUUGUACGCAGAGAACUAGACCUCUCCGCUAAAGAAUUGCAGGAGCAAGUAAGGAGCGGAGAUGCAAGUGCAACAGAGCUCUUUGAGCUUGGUGCAGUGAUGUUGAGAAGGAAGUUUUAUCCUGCAGCCAACAAGUUUUUGCAACAAGCUAUCCAGAAAUGGGACGGUGAUGAUCAAGAUCUUGCUCAGGUCUAUAACGCUCUUGGAGUGAGUUAUGUACGAGAGGAUAAACUUGACAAAGGAAUUGCUCAGUUUGAAAUGGCGGUGAAGCUGCAACCCGGUUAUGUAACAGCUUGGAACAACCUUGGGGAUGCUUAUGAGAAGAAGAAGGAGUUGCCUUUGGCAUUGAAUGCGUUUGAAGAAGUUUUGUUGUUUGAUCCAAACAAUAAGGUGGCUCGGCCUCGGCGAGAUGCGUUGAAGGAUCGCGUGAAGCUUUAUAAAGGUGUUGUGGCUGUUAAGUCUAAGAAACGGUGACGGCUCAAACAAGAUGCAAACUCUGAACCAAGAACCGUUGGUCUCUCUCCCCCUUGUGUAUUUUUUUGGUUUGGUAAUAUGUAUGGAGAUUUUGUGUUAAUAUGAAAAUGAAACUUUGUUGUUUUUUGUAACCAAUAAAAUCAGAUGUUUAAAACUUAAUAGCCA